ACUCGCUCUAUCGUACCAAAAUGAUGACGCUUUGUCGCGUUUUCAUCAUUAACACUGACGUCGUAAAUAAGACAACGUGCUGCGCUAGCUAGCCAUUACAAAGUGACAGCUAGCCGUUACAAAGUGACAGCUAGCAGCAAGCUAACUGUAAGCUAAAAAUAUUCUCCUGCCGAAGUGGUUUGAGGUUGGGACAGUUGAACUGCCAGAGGGGACACCUUUGUAGUAGCAAGGUGGUGAGGAGUGAGGCAUCAUGGGAAACACAAGCGACAGGGUGUCUGGAGAACGCCAUGGAGCCAAAGCCCACCGCUCGGACAGCAGCGGCAGCCACAAAGACCAAGAACCCAGCAGCAAGAUGGUGGACAGCACAGAUGACCCCAACAUCUUCAACACCCAUGGGCCAGAGUCCAAGGCGUUAGAAGAGAAAGAAUCCGAUCUGGUUGAGCAGAUGAAAACUGGUCCUCAGUCUCGACCCACGGUCAUCCGCUGGGCUGGAGGGGGAAAGGAGGUCUACAUAGCCGGUUCCUUUAAUAACUGGAGCACGAAGAUACCACUAAAUAAGAGCCAUAAUGACUUCGUAGCGAUCCUGGACCUGCCAGAAGGAGAGCACCAGUACAAGUUCUUUGUAGAUGGACAGUGGGUCCAUGACCCCUCAGAGGCGGUUGUAACCAGUCAGCUCGGCACCAUCAACAACCUGAUCCAGGUGAAGAAGUCUGACUUUGAGGUGUUUGACGCCCUGAACGUGGACUCCCUGGAGUGCUCAGACACAUCAGACCUGUCCAGCUCCCCUCCAGGUCCAUAUGGGCAGGAGCAGUACAGCUUCAGACCUGAGGAGCAUUUCAAAGCCCCCCCCAUCCUCCCUCCGCACCUCCUCCAAGUCAUUCUCAACAAGGACACCAACAUUUCCUGUGACCCUGCCCUGCUGCCCGAGCCCAACCACGUCAUGCUAAACCACCUUUACGCCCUUUCGAUUAAGGACGGAGUAAUGGUGCUGAGUGCGACUCACAGAUACAAGAAGAAGUACGUCACCUCUCUGCUUUACAAGCCCAUCUAAACUGCAACCUGGGUGCUUCACACUGCGUUUAGAGAACACCACGUCGGCAAUCUGCUGUUAGUUUUAUUCAUUUUUUCUUAGUGUCAUCACAUAUAGCCAAAACGUGCACUGGAACUAGACAAGAAGCCAGUGGCUGUGACUUUGGCUUUGGAAAAAGGUUGCACUCCUCUCUACAUAGGGCUCUGAACAAAAAGCAACGGGUGUGUGUAGGAAGAUGAAAAUCCUACUGUGGCUUUUACCUGUGACGUCUACAGACAGAUUAGAGAGAGACUGACUGAAUCACUGUGUGUAUUUGAGUGUUUGCUGCACCUUGUGAGUAUAUGCAUGUCCGUGUUUUAAACCGAGAUUUGAUUUAAAUGUACAAAGGAAGACGGGGAUCUGUGAGAGAUCGGCUUCUUUUAACGGUGAUUUUAAGGACGUGAGGGCUUUUGCGUGUUAUUGAUGUGGAUCAGCAGUUUGAUUUGGUGUUAAUUAAGUCAGAAUAACAGAAUGGCUUUGGGUGAACAUAAUGUGCAAAUACCUACAUCUUGUUUUGUCGGCACAUAUUGUUAUAUGUUUUAUUAAAUUUAUCCCAGUUCAGCCAUCAUUCAGUGGGAUCUACAACGUGAACUAAACUGUAAAUGGAGUAGAUUAGUUUCCAGAUGGGUUAUGGACGUCAAAGGUCGAUGGUUAGCUCUGCUGUUACCUUCUAACUUGACAUAAUUUAGCACUUUACCAUCCAGUAAGCAGGAGCGAUAUAAGCUCUUAACUAUGCAGCCGACAGCUCUUACUGUAUUGUAGCGUCUCUGCAUUUGGAACCCGGUUUGUGCUUUUAUUCAGUUUUUAUCAAAUAGCAAUGUACUGUAUGUAUUUGUUACAUGUGUAGUCGUACACAGACACACAUAAACAGUUUGAAGUUGCUGCUUUGCAUGCAUUGAAUGUCUGCAACUCGUGAGGAUACGCCUCAUUUACUGAGUGCGGCGCAGAUCGACUGCAUUCAGAUGAACUUACAGGGCUAUAAGGAUAGACGGUUGCCAUUUAAAAGUUGUACAAAGUGUUCUUUAACCUUUUAAGAUAAUCUGUAUUUUGAGGUAUAGUGGCUUUGAAAGUAUUUUUUUGUUGUACACUGCACGGGCGUUGAAACGGGCUUUCAUACAUCCUGUCGGUGUUCAACUAGACGCUCUAAAAGUAUAUAGUGAAUGUCGAGCCUAGCCGUGAAGUUUUGUCCAAAGAGUUUUUCAGAGUUAGAUAAGGGAGUGUGGACAAGAGCCGAGGAUGUGGCGUUUUAAGGUUAAAAACCCCAAAACUUGAAUUUUACAAUCGUUCAUGAAUGUUUUUCAAAUGCUGUACAGAACCAGUGUGACGGUUCACGGUGCAUGGUUUGACUUGUUUGCAAAUAAAGAGAGGACACGCUGGUCCUAAUUCCUA